AUGAUUCCCGCCAACAUUAAACGUGAAAUUCCUGAAUUUGUGUGUCAUUACCUGGCGUUUGUCGAUUGUUUUGUUGAUCUUCAGAGACAAAAAACAUGGUGGGUUUUUACGAAAAAUUUAAAGUUUUUCGAGUUUUAUCAAAAAACAUUAGUGGCUAGUAUAAAUCUUUCGAACACCUGCCUACAAAAUGUAAAGGAUCAAUUAUUGGCUUAUGAUGGCCCCAAAUGUUCCUCAUAUGAUGAGAAUAGCGGCUUAAAUUCGUCCAAUAUAUGUAUUGGAAAAUAUGUUUUCCACACUAUGAAUGUACUCAAAGUAUACGCCAUUAUAAAAUGUUGGGAUAGAUGUGUAAUCCUGCAGCGCUUAACCAACAUGGCUGGAUACAAAGUAAUGGGCGAAUACGAAAAUCUGCAUAGCUUUCGAAUCAUACAUGGACCCAUCAAGUACUCUUCAUUAUUGGAGCUGGAUUUUGGUAAUGGAUCUGUACUACAGUGUAAUUUUGAAAAAGAAGAAGUAGAAAUCAACGAUUUUGAAAACCAAAGACUUGAAUUAAAACAGUUGUUGGAUCGCAUACGUAGUGCCAAGUCAGAGUUGAAGCUACACGAGAGCAUAACGGCGCAAUCAUUCGAACGGCUACAAAAUAGAUUGGCCUAUGGUUUACCACAUGUCCGAAGUUUGAAAUUGGAGGAAAAGCAGAAACUGACACGUUGUGGUGAUAUCUGGAAACGAAUCACUUCUCAAAAUGAUCUAGUAAUUGGUAUACCAUUAAUAAAUCAAUGUUCAGCACCGAACCUUUCGAUUAUCCACAACAUACAGCCUCUGUUAGAUAUCAGGUCUCAGAACGAGGAAACAUCUAUAUCGGUUGAGUAUCGUUUGUAUCAACUGAAAAUGUCAUUUUAUGAUUUAGAUAGUAUUGAAACGUUUCUACAAUCAGAGGAUGAGCAACUGCAGAGUGACACUUGGAGCUCAAAUCUUAAAUGUCAGCUGCUUCCCGAAUCAUUUGGCAUUCUUGUAGUGAAGUUUAAGAUAAGCGACGUUAUAGACCUUAAACAAUGUCCAAUUCUGCUUCACUACGAUGUAUCAAAAGAUUGUCGAACAACAAUCACCAGCACACCAUUGCAAAUAUAUUUGGGAAUUUUGGAUUUCCACAAUAUUCUCUAUAACCAACGAUUCGAAUUUGAAAUUAGUUUCAAAGAAGAUACUUUACACCAAGACUUCUUAGCCACAGCCAUGUCAUCAUUUGAAAUUAAUCUAAAAAUCAGCUUCCAACAGCAUCAUGAUUUGGAGAUUUUCGAAAGUUGUUUGCAGGACAAAUUUGGGUUUGUUAAAUUACCAUGCCUUACGGAAAAUAUCUUAAAUAACAGAGUAUAUUACAAUCGUUUACCAUGUUCCCAGUGGUAUGGAUGUUUGUGUUUGCGCUACAAGGAAGUGGAAGAAGACGAAAAUGAUUACGCAAUAACAUUUUGGAAAUUCUAUGUUCCAACUGUGGAUAAUGCUGUAAUAUUUUUGAAGCUAUUCCUAAACGACUUAGUUAUGCUAAAGUGUAAUAUCAUUUCAAUACAGAACGUGAAGAAAUAUUUGCCAGAAGCUCAACAUGUUGCAGAAUUUGAAAACGCUUUGAGGGAAGAACUGCAAUCACUCAUGCAACUUUGUAAGGAAGACAGAACGAAGGCGAAUUUUGAACGCUGGUCAAAAUUAUUUAUUGAAUUUCAAAGAAAACAAUUGCAGUCUGAUCAACUGUAUAAAUAUUUAAGGGAUAAACCGUUGAACAAUUCGUAA